UAUAGGGCUUGUGAUUCAGUGAAUCAGGGGAUUGUGAUCCCUUCAUUGGAGCCCAUCCCUUCCGAGAUUGAUGGAGAGGAUUUAUGCAGGAUUCCAUGGAUUUGAUAAGGAUCCCCAACGGUUCAAAGUCUGGCCAGUCCCUGCUCCGCCGUUGCCUUGCUUCGAGCGGGCUGAACUUGCCAAUCAGGACAGAUUGAUGGAGAGGAUUUAUGCAGGAUUCCAUGGAUUUGAUAAGGAUCCCCAACGGUUCAAAGUCUGGCCAGUCCCUGCUCCGCCGUUGCCUUGCUUCAAGCGGGCUGAACUUGCCAAUCAGGACACGUGUUGGCGGUGUUGCCCAGGCAGCCGAAUCAUAUUGAGUCCUCAUCAGUUACCAUUUCUUUUUCUUUUCUUUUUGUCCAUCACUGUGCCUUGAAUAAAGAAUAGCUCCCACCUACCUCCACCUCAUGUUCACAGGUGUGAGGUGAAAUUAGAUAGGUAAAAAUAAGCUCCAUCUACCUUCACCCCGUGCUCCAACCUAACCUUCUACUACGUAAUGCCAACAAUUACAGAUACCAUUUUUUCUUCUUUGAUCCUUCUAUACAAUCCUAGUCUAUAUAACUCAAUACCCACAAGCCCCUAUUGUUACAGAAGCUGCAAUGACGAAAAGAGACAUAAAGCUUCUAGGUUUACGGCCAAGCCCAUACGUGCAUCGAGUCCAGUAUGCACUCAACCUAAAGUCCAUCGACUACGAAUUCCUUGAAGAGAAAUUCGGUUCCAAAACUGAUCUCCUCCUUCAAUCCAAUCCUAUUCACAAGAAAGUCCCAGUUCUAAUCCACGCUGGAAAACCCCUAUGCGAGUCUCUCAUCAUUUUGCAAUACAUUGACGAGACCUGGACCUCUACUCCGCCCAUACUUCCUUCUGAUCCCUAUGAUAGAGCUAUUGCCCGAUUCUGGGCAGCCUAUAUCGACGAUAAGUGGUAUCCGUCCCUCAAAGAGAUUAGGAUGACACAUGAAGAGGAAGCGAAAUUGGCAGCUAUAGAGCGAGUGGUGGAAGGAUUAGCAUUAUUGGAGGAGGCAUUUGAGAAGUGUAGCAAGGGAAAGAGUUUCUUUGGUGGGGAUAGCAUUGGGUACCUCGAUAUAGCAUUUGGGUGCUUCUUGGGGUGGCUGAGGGCGACGGAGAAGAUAGCCGAUGUGAAACUUCUUGAUGAAGCCAAGAUGCCGGGCCUGGUGGGAUGGGCUCAGAGGUUCUGUUCAGAUGAUGCUGUCAAGGAUGUUAUGCCUAAAACUGACAUGCUUGUUGAGAUAGCCAAGAUACUUCGAGGCAUGUCCAAAGCCCCAACUCCCAAAUAAAGCUUACCUAUUACUCUAGAACCAGAGGUAGCUAGAUCAUAAGUUGUGAGGCCCUUCUUAGAAAAAUGAUUCCAAUUCUCCAUUUCGUAUUAUGUCGAGUUAGUUGGUAAUAAAAUGUGUUCUGUUGUAAUAGUACUAAGAGAGAGCUCUCAUGUAUAAUUACCCAAAUUAAAAUUUGAGAUAGACAAUGAAGGGUUGUUUGAGAUCGACAA